CGUCUUCAACGGGAGAUUCCUUUGAGGAGGUAAAAACAUGCAGAGCCAGAGCCUGUUAUAUCUUCUGCUCUCUGUGGGGACUCUGUUCACCCGACUGCAUGGGGCUAAGUGGACAUACACUGGUCCACAUGGAGAACACCAUUGGUCAAUGCACUACCCGUUCUGUGGUGGAUCGUUUCAGUCACCCAUAGACAUCCAGACCCGGCAGCUGAGCUUUGACCCCUCACUACGGCCAAUCGAGCUGCAGAACUAUAACCUGUCAGCCAAUGAGCAGCUGACCCUUGGCAACAACGGUCACUCUGUUGUUCUGUCUCUACCCAGGAAGAUGUAUAUCUCCAGCCUACCACAGCGUUACACCGCUGCUCAGCUCCACCUCCACUGGGGUUCCUCCCACCUCCCCUCUGGCUCAGAACACACAAUAAAUGGCCAUCAGUUUGCUGCUGAGAUGCAUUUGGUGCACUUCAACUCUGAUAGAUACCCCAACAUCUCCAUAGCAGCAGACAAGUCUGACGGCCUUGCUGUUCUGGGAGUUCUAAUCGAGAUUGGGGAAUAUAAUCCAGUGGUCGACCACUUCCUGAAAUACAUCAAUGGUAUCAAAUACAGAGAUCAGAAAGUACAGGUCCCAGCCUUCAACAUCAGAGGCUUGCUGCCCACUCGUUUGGAUGAAUACUACCGCUACGAUGGUUCGCUGACCACGCCCCCAUGCUACCCCAGUGUCCUCUGGACUGUGUUCAAAACCCCCGUCACCAUCUCACUCAAACAGUUUCGGACCCUAGCAACGGCCAUGUACUCCUCCCACCAACAGGAGACAGUCCCUGUGCCAAUGAACAGCAACUUCAGGAAGCCACAUUAUACAGACAACAGAUUGGUUCUCUGUUCUUUUAAGCGGGGAUUGCAAGGUGUGACUCAGACAGUCACCUCUCCACUCCAGAGGAGGCAUCUCAUCAACCAGCUUCUCGUUGGAGACCUAGCUGACCUAGCUGACCAGGAUGGGCUCCGUCGGUUGCUACCUAGGAUUUCCACAGCACCGGACCAGAAGUGGAAAAACCUAAAGACCCAACAGAGGCCAACCAGCCGGACCAUGGGCCAGAGCCGUAUCGGGUCCAAGCACCAGGAGAACAACUGGUCUCAAGACCAGAACACCCUCUUGCAUCAGUGGUUGAAACCCAAUACGUUGCCAUCUGGUGGAGCUGCAGAUUUUAGACAAGUCCCCUCUGUUAAGAAGAACCACCAGAAUAAGCUUCCUCUAUGGAAGUCAGGUCUCAGUCAGGAUGACAUGCUAUGUUAUCUGUGUCUGGAGCAGAAGGUGUCUGACCAACUGAACAGAGGGAGGUCUGACUUGCCUGCAGACACCCAGCUCGUCCAGGCUCUUAGAGACACACUGUUCCCAGAGCUCAACCUGAGGAGCUACCUGGGCUGUAAGUCCGACCUGGCUCUGUCCACCAUCAGGCAGCUCAUCAGGGGAAGACCAGACACCGAUGAGGUCCAGGAGUUCGACCAUGCCUUAGUCAAAGCUCUUGGGGGGGUGGAAGAAAGAGGGUCAGCUAAGAAGCAGCAGACCAACAUCCUCCCUAAGGUCUCCCCAGGUGUCGGCCAUGCUGUCCUGCCUAGGAAGCCCUAUCAGACAAUCCCAUGGCUUCAGCCAAUGGAGUGGGAAGAUUAAAGAGAAAGGCAAGACACAUGUACAACCCUGUAUCGAGCACAAACCACCUUCAGCCCCACCUUUAACCCCACCUUCAGCCCCACCUUUAACCCCACCUUCAGCCACACCCUUAACCCCACCUUCAGCCACACCCUUAAUACCAUCUUCAGCCCCACCCUCAAACCCCACACUCAACCCCACCUUCAGCCACACCCUUAAUACCACCUUCAGCCACACCUUUAACCCCACCUUCAGCCCCACCAUCAUCCCCACCCUCAUCCCCACCUUCAGACCCAUCCUCAACCCCACCCUCAGUCCCACCCUCAGCUCGACCCUCAACCCCACCUUCAGCCCCAACCUCAACCCCACCUUCAGCCCCAACCUCAACCCCACCUUCAGCCCCACCUUCAGCCUCACCCUCAGAUCCAACCUCACCUAAACCCAUGCAUCUGUGAUACACAGAAAGCAAAUCUGGCAUCCCAGAAUCAAAGGCUACACAUGAAGGCCAGAAUGGAUUCACAAUACAUUGAAACACAGAGAGUUCCUGAUGACGACGGUUUUGACCUACGUAGGACAUUUCGGACAGAAAAUACAUUUUAUUUUAUUUAUUAUCAUGAUAAUGAUGAUUACUACAUAUGUUCAGAUGAUGACACUGCACUAUUAGAGGCUAGAGGCCAGAGCUUAAAGGAAAUGGUUGCACUGCAAUCAGUCUUGAAGAAGUUAAAAGGACAAGUUUAAAAGGAUGGUACUUUUUAAAGGAGGAUUGGUUUUAAAAGAGGGUUUGUUUUAAAGGAGGGUUUGUUUUAAAGGAGGGAUAGUUUUAAAGAAGGGUGCGUUUUAAAGGAGUGUUAGUUUAAAAAUAGGGUCGGUUUUAGAGAAGGGUUAGUUUUAAAGGAGGGUCAGUUUUAAAUUAGGGUCAGUGUGAAAGGAGGGUCAGUUGUAUUAAAAUGAGGGGAAUAAAUUCAAGGAAUUUGUAAAGUAUAAAAUAUGCAUAUUGUGAACAUAUUUAUGAUUGACGACAGGUCCACAAUGGUCAUGCUUUUUUGUUGAGAGCUCUCUCUGAACAAUAGCAUUUCUGUUCACUCUGGUCUGCGAUAUGCUUACCCAGAAUAGCAUUCUUAUAUAUCAAAAGCAUUUCUGUGGACCAAGAUAUUCCAGGACAAGGGCAGAGCUGUUUAAAGCCUCAGCAUGAUUCACGUGGGAAGCUUCUGUAUAUGAAUCCAGUUAACAUGAAUUCUUACAUACUGGUAAAGAAGUGUUGAUGCAUUUUAUUGGGAGGGUUUUGAGUGUUCUGGUGUUGAAGUAGUUAGUGUCAUUCACAAUGGAAAGUAAAAGGUGGCUAAAUAACGCAAUGUGUCUGAGAGCUUUAGUCUGGGCAGACACUCCUGUGUUUCUUUUCAAUGUGCCAUGCAAUGCUGCUGUCAUUUAUAACUGUUGCUAAUAGGUAAAUUAAACAUUACGUACACCAUUGAAACAGAUCAACUGCUCCCGUCAUUUAAACUGAAGAAGUGGAUUUCAAAGUCUGUUCUGUUUUUACAAUAAAGACUUCAUA